CACCAUGGCACUUUCGUCCAUCGUGGUUGUCAUAUUGCAUAUGGGUUACAACCCCUGGCACUCAAAACGACUCGGUCGGACGUCAUUGACGGAGGAAUUUACAUACGGAAAAGAGCUGUAUGGUUGGUCUGAUCUUCCUCGUAGGAAUCUGUCGACUGGAACUGUAAAAGAAACAGAAGAGAAUGAGCCAGAAUUCAGGAGCCAGAGGAACCGCGAAGACUUUGUCCACCUCAACACCAUCUGUCCAGAUCUUCUUUCAGGGAACACGAUGGCUGUGGAAAUAGCCAAGACCAUAACACGUUCUGAAAUAGUCAACCAGAAGUCGUACGACUUCGACUUUCUAACCUUCGAUUGCGAGGACUUCAGAACCAGACAGGACUACAUAAUGACGUCAUCACGAGAGGAACUAGAUUUCCCUCUGGCCUUCAGCAUCGUCGUGUACAAAGACGUUGUGCAGUUCGAGAGGCUGCUCCGAGCGAUCUACCGACCCCACAACUACUACUGUAUCCACGUGGACGUCAAGGCAGCCGCGUCUACCCACCGAGCCGUGGGGCUGAUCUCCGAGUGUCUGGAGCAUGUGCUGGUCGUACAGCGACCCGUGGCCGUCACGUGGGGCAAGUUCAGUGUGCUGGAGGCGGACCUGCUGUGUAUGAGGGAGCUGCUGAGACACGGACCAUGGAGAUAUUUCAUCAACCUGACGGGCCAAGAGUACCCGCUCAAGACCAACCGGGAAAUCGUCAACAUUCUCAACAUAUUUAAAGGAGCCAACAACGUUGACGUUUCGGCUAAGCACAGAUACUGGUUCCUCCUUCGAUGGAAGAGGGCGUGGCCUCCGCCUCACGGAAUUCGCCCUUUCAAGGGCAACGUGCACGUGUUUGUUAAUCGAGACUUUGUCGAGUACGCUAUUCACAGUCGGGUAGCGAAGGAUUUCACAGAGUGGCUCAAACGGACUGGAAUUCCAGACGAGACGUUCUUCUCGUCACUCAACCACAACCCACACCUCAACAUUCCUGGAUCCUACACUGGACUUGCGGAUACGGACAAGAGGAGAAAACCGUACAUCGCUCGUUUUAAGAACUGGAGAUUCGGCCCGUCGAGCUGGCCGUGUCAUGGGAGGCGAGUUCGCUAUAUUUGUAUCUUUGGCGUGAGUGAUCUCCCUUUACUAACGUCACGUCCGGAGUUAUUCGCCAAUAAAUUCCACUGGCGUUAUCAACCAUUGGCGCUCGACUGUCUGGACUGGUGGCACCGUAACAAAAUUCUGGCUGAGAAUAGCGGGCGAAGUGAUUUCAACGACACAUACUAUAGAACAAUACCUUAUAUAAAUUCUGAUGCAAUUGUGCCUCUUUAUAAUGCAUGACGUAUUGUAGCUACUUUCUUUGGUUAGUUUGAAAUACAUGAUCCAAGUGGGCCGUCUGUGGUGUUGGUAAUCAGAGGCAUGGGCAUGGAAAAUAUUGACAAUUAGUGUGGGGGAAUAAAUGUCUUAACCGUUUAACUGUCAAGGGGGGGGGGGGGGGGGGCACUCAAUAAUAUUCAGAGAUGAGGGCAAUGCCAGGGGCCUGAAGGGCGCGGCCCAGAGUGGGGAAACAAAUACUUUUCUGAAACUACUUAACCAAUACCAACAAUGUUUUUCGAAGCUUGUCUGGCAUAUUGAGAAACCAAUGUGUGAAUUUGACUAGCAUGUUUAUAAUGACACAUCUGUAUGGUUACCUCUUACCAUUAGAUUAUUAAAUAGACAAAAUUAAUAUACUGUGGUGACAAUUUUACAUCCGUGAAAAAGUGUUAACACUACAUAAUGAAAUGGAAAUAGGUUACAGAGGUUUAAGCGUAGUAAAACAAUAUAUAAUUACGUUCGUAUGUGUGUAUAUAUGUAUGAACAAGUCGCUAAGUAAAUAUGUGUAAAAUUUGAAACAUCCCCAUCCGUCAAUCCGCACAAUCGCACAAAAACAAGAAAAUCAACAAAAGAAAACAAAACUCGAAGUAUAUCUUCAAACUGACUCUAUUUUUUGUGUAUGUUUUUAUUAUUGUUAUUAUUAUCAUUAUUAUUAUUCGCCUAAAUGAUUAACCAUUAUUGUGUAAUGUUACAGGCACGGGCAGUUUAAAUAGCUUUUUUAUUUUUUUAAAGAAAUCAUAUUUCAAAAUAAACUGGACAAUUUUAAGCGUAA